UCUCUUAUUCGCUCUUGCUAUUAGUCGUUUUACAGCUCACACAAGAAGACUGAGAACCAUACAGCAAACACAGAGAAGAAUCGUGAAGAGAAACUACAAGGAAGAAGCAAGAACAAAACGUAAGGCGCCAAGGAGGCAACUAAAACAGAUCUCGACCUCCUCAAAUCGAAAUCGACAUCCACAUCGACAUCGACAUCGACAUUAGCACAGUCCGACUUUCGAACGUCUGCAAAUAUUUGCAUCACAUCUAAAGCGAAUCGAGUGCGAUUGGCGUGGAACGCGUGGCAGCAGUAGGCGGCAAAGGAAGCUAACGCUAAUGAGGAUCUAUUGGCAGCAUGAGUACACUGGGGGGAAGUAGGGGAGAGCGAAAUGCCAAGCCCAAAUUCACAGCGUUGGAUAUAAAUCGCAUGUACAAGAAUAGCCGAGGCGAAUCGAGUGAACCAUCUGCCCAAAAGAAUCAAGUGCCGCGUAAACAUGGAAUGCAAAUUUUGGGAAAAGUGCCUUCAGCUAGGCGGCCACCGGCCAAUCUGCCAUCCCUAAAGGCCGAGACGAACAUCAUCAGUAGCAGCACCACCAACAGUGCGACGCCUUUGAGCAACAUCAGCACCAACAACAACAACAAUCUCCUUGCAUCUGUUGAAGGCAACAGCAGCAGUACGAUCAGCGGCGGCUCAAACGCAGGAGGCGCGGGCGGAACAGCGAUCAGUGCAGCGGCAAGUGGCGCAGGUGCAAACAGCGCUGGCCACAACAAUAUCGCUAGUGGACACAGUGCAGCGGGAGGAUCAGCUCUUGGCCACAACCACAAUAACGCUAGCAAAUACAAUAACAACAGCAGCAACAAUAACAGCACCAGCAACAGUAACAGCCACAGCAGCAACAGCAAUAACAAUAAGAAUUUGAAAUUAAUAAAUAACUCGGCGACAAGCGGAGGCGCAUCGGCCGGCAGCGGCGGAGCAGGGUCGGGUGGUGUUGCUGGAAGCGGCAGCGGCGGUCACGCGAAUAACUCACCCAAGACAUGGUCAGCGAUAACGACAGGACACGAACGUGCAGGCGGCACCGGUGGCCAUGGCGGGCAUGGCGGCCAUUAUGGCAACCGUCAUCAUCAGCAACAACAGCAGCAGGUGGUGCCGCACUAUCAGAGUCCACAGUUUCAAUACGAAUUCCCCACAUUGAUGGGCGGCAGCGGUGGCGCUGCAUCCUCAGGUGGUCAUGCGGGCGCAGCCGGCGGCGGUGGCAAAUCAUCAAAGGACCAGCAGGCGCAUUACCAGGGUCAACAGCACGCACAUCAUCACCAGAAUCAUCAUUAUCAACAGCAACAGCAGCGAGAUUAUCGCGAUCACCAUGGCCAUCAUGGUCGUCAGUUUGGCGGACACGGUGGACACCACUUGCAUCGGGGCAGUGCCACCAAUGCGGAUUCCGGCAAUUACAGAGAUGGCAGCGACGACGUCGGCGGCGGCGGCAACAGCAGCAGCAGCGAACUCAGCGAAAUGAGCCUGCGUCCCCAAAACGACCCAGCCGCUUGGCUGCAGCAGCAGGAGAAGGCCGCCAAGGAGCUGGCUUUGAACCAACAGGGCCAGGGCCACCAGAUACCGGCCAAUGGGAGCGGUGCGGGCGCAGGAUCGGGCGGCAGUGUACCACUGCCCAUACUCUCGCUAAUGCCGUCAUUCAUGCGUAGUGGAGCACCGCUGCCCGCCUCCGGCAUCGGAGGUGGGCCUACAAUGGCAGCGGCUGUGGCAAAUGCCUCAUCCAGCAUUUCCUCAGAUCUGGGCUCGUCGGCGCCAGCGCCCUAUCAAAAUGGCAUCACCGGCAACCGAUCCGCCUCGCCAGCCAUUCUGGGCAGUUUUCGUGCCGCGGCUGCGAUACCGAAGCGUCCAGGCGCUGGCAAUGCAGCGAUGACGACGCCACCACCGUCAGGUACGAUGGGAGGAAGUGGAGGGGCGACAACACCGCCGCAGCAGCAGCAGCUGCAGACGAACGGGCCCGGUGGCCGCAAGGACAAAGACAAGGACUAUGUGGUAGAGCCAGAGGUGGCUCAAAUGCAGCGUCCCAUCAUUAGGGAAGAGGAUCUGGAGCGCCUAAAUGCGAUUGCGAAGGACGAUAGCUGGACAAAACAGGAUGAAAUUGACUACACAAAGAAACUAACAUUUUCGGAUGAUGAGGAGCACGCCAGUCUGGACGAUCAGCACCACAACAGCAGCAGCAGCAAUAACAGCCACAAUAAGCAGCAGCAGCAAUCAAUCCAAUCCAGCGAUCAGCGCAAGUCGUCGGGCAGCAGCUCGUGGCAGCGCGGUAAGGACAGCAGCGAGCGGGACUUGGAUGGCCCAGCGGAUCAGGGUCAGGGCCAGGAUCAGCGACAGCAGAACGGCCACCGUAGCAGUGCGGGCAAUGUGGUCGUUGGUAGCGGUGGCAUUGCUCUCGAUGCUGGCGUCUAUGAGCGUGUUAAGCAGCGCAAGGAGGAGGAGGAGCGUCGCCAGAUGGAACGGAAACAGGCGGCGGCAAAGAAGCUGCAGGAGCUUGAGAUGAAGAUGAACAGCAAGAAGGCGCUCAGCGAGAGCAGCGGUGGCACCCCGGCCACUGCCAGCAGCGAGGCACCAGCCGUGCCCCUGGCCAAUGUCAGCGAGGACGAGGGCGGAGGUGCCGGACAGCAGCAACAGCUGCAGCAGCAGCGGCGACCGCGUGGCAGCAUCUCAAGCAUGGGCAGCGGCGGUGGCAAUGGCUCCGCCUCGGCUCCAAGUGCGGCAUCUGCAGCCGCCGGCGAUUAUGGCCAAAAGCCCGUCUUCAUGACGCAUUUCCAAUCGAAUUUACCGCCGCGUUUCCAGCGCCAGCAGCAGCAGCAACAACAGCAGCAAUUGCCGCGCGGUGGUCUCGAGAAGAGCGCCUCGGCCAGUAGCGCCUUCGAUGGCAGCAACUCCCGCUAUCUGCAAAAGGGCGGCAGCGGCAACGCCGGCUCCAGCGGCAGUGGUGGCAGCAGCGGCGGUGGCGGCGGCUCCGGCAGCGGAGUCCGCAGCAUCUCAGGCGGCUAUGCGCGAGUGGGCAGCGGCAGUGGCAGCUACGGCCGCAAUCGUCAUGACAGUGCCAGAGCUGAGGAGCAGGAUGCGAAUGCAGUGGGAGCAUCCAGUGGCCGUGAGCUGGAGCAGUCCAGGUAUACGCGUGGCCAGGAGUAUCGCAGUGGACAGCAGCAGCAGUUGAUGCAGUCGCGCAGCAUUUCGGAGAAUUCGCAUCGCAAGACGAGCGUUUCCUCCGGCGAUGAUGUGCACAUGGGCGGUGGCUCCUGCUCGUCCUGGGCGGAGCAAACGGAUGCUGAGCAGAAGCAUCAUCGUCAUCGCGAGGAGAGCUUCUCAUCCACGCACAGCCACGACUCAGCCGUACAGAUUAAGAUACUACAGCGGCCAGCGCGACAGCCAAGCCUCAGCGAGGAGAAGGCCCUCUCAACAAGCAGCAGCACGCUCCAGAAACAGCCGUUGGAGCCCAUGCAGCCCAUUCAGCCCACACAGAUAUUGAGGCGCAGCGUUGAGCCCGUUGACAAGCCGGAGGAGAAGCCGGCAGAUCGCGAAGCUGGCGACAAGGGCGCAGAGACGGAGGCGGCCAAGCUGGCUGGAUUCUCUGCUGCCAAGGAUGAUGACAAGGAGGUGUCCCGUAACUCAACGAUCGCCUCCACUGCAGCAUCCGCCGUGCAGUUUGCGGCUGGCAAGCGUCCCAGUCCACGUGGUGGUCGCGGCGGGCGUGAGGAACUGCACACGACAAGGGGCGCGGGCAGGAGCUAUCCGGCCAGUGGAGCUGGCGGUGGCAGCUAUCGCGGACAGCGCAGCAACAGCGACUGGAGCAGCCGCAACAGCGGUGGUGCAGGCAGCGGCGGCCGUCGCUACUACGGCAGCGGAGGUGAGCAGUCCGAGCAAUCGGAAGACGUCGACGAGGAUUGUUAUAGCAGCAGUGGUGGUGGCGGUGGCGCAUCGCGACGAAGUCCAAAAGUGCAGACUCGUUCCGAUCAGAGCAGCAACAGCAGCGGCUCUGGUGUGACGGCUGCAGCAGCAGCAGGAGCUGGAUCGGGAGCAGGCGCGGGAGUUAACAAGGCGGGCUUUUCGCCAAGAGGCGAGCCCUCGCGCCGAGGACGCGGUGGUCUCUCCAGUGCAGGCAGCUCGGCGUCCGGUUUCCGACGACAGCCAGCGAGCGGAGGACGUGCGUAUGGCCGAUUGGGCUAUGAGGAGUACAGCAAGCGUAACUCUGAAUCGGAGACGGGCAAUGUGUCGGAUCUGGACAAGACCAAGCAGAAUCAGAUGGCGCUCAGUGCAGGACUGCACAAGGGCAAGGACGAGAAGGAGGAGCUGUUGGCCGACAAGGAGAAGACUGCCGGCAGCGGCAAUGCUAGCAGCAGCAACAGCAACACCAACACCAACAUCGUAAGCAACAUUAAUAUACCCAACACUGCCGUGGCCAAGGAGGAGCCACACAAAGAUGGGCCUGCAACGGGCCCAGCGACGGGAGCCGGAACAGCGGGAGCAGCAGGAGCCAGGCCGCCGCCAGGACUGAGCACAGCUGUCGUUGGCGCCGCCUCUGCUGGACUGCCCCUAUUGGCUGCCCCAGGCAGCGAUGUGCCCGGCAAAAAGAAGACUAGCGAAUGCACAACAAUUGCGCCACCAGUGGCAGCAGCAACGGCAGCAGCAGCAGCUGCUGCAUCAGCAACAACGGCGCCAAUUGGCGACAAGUCCAAGCUGUCGGCCAUUGGUGACAAGAGCGCCCUGGCUGUGGGCGUGGUUGGGGCGGGCAAUCUAUUGCUAGACGCCAAUGCUCCAGUGAACACCAUCAUAUUCGAGAACUCCACGUACAAGCAGCAGCAGCAGCACCAAGCGGCCGCCGCUGUGCCGCUCAAGCCCCAAUCCCUUGGAGGGGCAGCGACCGCUGCAGCUGUCGAGAGCCUAUCGAGUGCGCUCUCGCAGAUGAGCUUCGGCGGAAAUGACGAUGAGCAGCAGCAGCAGGACAUGAAAUUGGGCUUCAGCUUCAGUGACGAUGCUGCCUCGCUCAAGGUGGUGGACAGUUUGGAAGCGGCCAGCAAGGCGGCCUCUCAACAACACCAGCAGCAGCAGCAGCAACAACAACAACAACAACAACAGCAACAACAGCAGCAGCAGCAGCAACAACAACAGCAGCAGAACAAUUCUACGGCGGAUCUGAAUAUGAAAAUAGCGAGCGUGAAAAAGGUGUGGGAAUCGGCCACGCCCAUGUCGGAGACAACUCAGCAGGCAAGCCAUGCGGCUAGUGCACAGCAGCAGCAGCAGCAGCAACAACAGCAGCAGCAGCAACAACAACAGCAGCAGCAACAACAGCAGCAGCAGCAGCAACAACACGGACAGCAGCAGGUCUCAAACUCGGUGGUGGAUGACAGCGGCAGCCACAUAAGCGGCGCAUCGUUUGUAGCCGCCGUGGCUGCCUCGCAGCAGCAGCUCCAGCAACAGAUGUCGCACUAUGCCGUAUCCGCGGUGCACAUGCAGGGCCAUCACCAGCAGCAGCAGCAACAGCAACCACAACAGCCGUCACAUCACCAGCAGCAGGCACACCAUGCUCACCACGCACUGUCCUCGCCGGGACCGGUCUAUGGCAGCCACGGUUCGCCGUUCGACACCGGCUCGCUGGACCAGCAAUUCCAGCAACAGCCGCAGCAGGAUGACUAUCCCAGUCCACAGCAACAGCAGCAUUCGCAGCAGCAUCAGCAGGCGGUGAAGGCCAAGCAGCUGCACGCCGGACUGGGCAUGUCACCGCCGCCUAGCCACCAACAGCAGCAGCAGCAGCACUCGCAGCAGCAGCAACAUCAGUCCCAGCAGCAGCAACAGUUGCCGUUCUAUCAGGCAUCGCCGCAGUUUGGCGUCGGCGGCAUUCCAACGAUUCCCAGCCCGCCGGCGGUUGUGUUCAACUCAUCGCAGCUGGCGCCGCCGCCGCCGCCAUCGCAGGCGGGCAAUCUGUACGCUUCAUUCCAUUCGCUUGAUCAUUCGAACCGCUCGCCCGCAUACUCAGCGGCAGCGGCCGCCGCUGCCCAUUGCCUGCCCGGCCACUAUGCGGCAGCGGCGGCGGCGGCAGCUGCUGGCGGUGCCUUCAAUGCGUACGCCAUGCAGACGCCGCAUGGCCAUGGCGGCAAUAUGCCGCCGCCGCCAACAGCGCCCACGCCGGACAUGUACUCCAAUAUGCCGUCGCAGUACCGGAUCGGCAGCGGUCCCUUUGGCCAGCCGCAGCCCAAUUCACAGCAGCUGAACAAUCCGAAUGCUGCCGCCGUUGCCAUCAUAUCCUCCAACAGCAGUUCCAUGAUGUCGUCGGGCGCGGCCAAGCCGCCGCCUCCCAGUCAACAGCCGAUCGGGGCGAUUGGCUCCAAGUCGGCGGGCAGUGGUGGCGGUCCAGGUCCUGGGCCAGGACCCGGACCCGGGCCCGGCUCCGGUCCAUAUGCGGGCUACAUGAAUAUAUAUCCGCCGCAUCCGGGACAGGGCGGACCGCCGCCCGGCGCCCAUCAGCUGCAGUCGAACAGCUACUACUCGAAUUCCGCACCCGGAGGUCCGACCGGUCCACAGUACUAUGGCGGGCCACCGCAGGGCGCUGGGGGCGCGGCCCAGACCUAUGGCCUGGCCACCGCGGCCGGCAUGUACGGAGGCCAUCAGGGCGGCCCGCCCGGCUCCAAUGGUCCGCCCGGACCCCAGUCGCAGCACACGAUGGGCAACUUCAACACGCAGUUCAUGAACUCGCAGCUCCUGUCGGCGGCGGGCAUGAGUCAGUUCCGAAGUGGCCCGACGCCCGGCGGCGGUUACCUGAAGAACAGCCAGGGCCAGGGACACAUGCAGGACUCGAUGGGCAGGCAACUGAAGAGUCCAUUGAGCGCUGACAUAAACCUGGCCAAGCAGGGGCAGUCGCAGCCAAGUCCGCCGCAUCACAAGAACUAUGGCGGCUGGGACCUGCAGAAUCAUGUGCUGCAGCAGCAACAGCAGCAGCAGCAACAACAGCAGCAGCAACAGCAGCAGCAGCAGCAACAAUCUCAGCAGCAACGGCAGGGUGGCAACGGCAGCAACAUGAAUGCACUCGGCGGCCGUGGCAGCGGUGCCGUGGGCAGCGGCUCCGCCGGCUCCCAGGUAGUGGGUGGUGGUGGCAACGGUGGCGUUGGCAGCGUGGGGCAGAGCAGCGGCAGUGGUCAGGGUCGAUAUCCGGCGCCCAUACAGCGGCCAAACAACUAUCCACAGCAUCCGCAGCAGCAGCAGCAGCAGCAACAGCAGCAACAACAGCAGCAGCAGCAGCAACAACAACAACAACAGCAGCAGCAGCGCGAACAGGCAGCGGCAGCGGCGCAGCGCGCCCAAAGCAUGCGCCAAGUGACAGGGGGCGGUGCGGCCGGCAGUGCCGGCAAUAGUAACGCGCCCGGCGUACCGCCUGGCGCCAACAAUGGCGGCAACGGCGGCCCUGGUGGCCCAGGCGGAGCCGGCGGCGGCAACUCGCCCGCAGCGGCAGCGACGGCGCAGCUGAGCAAGCCCUACUAUUCAAAUAAUGCGGCGGGCGCUGGUGGCGCCAACCGUGGUGAGUGGCAUGCCAAUUGAGCCUACGAUUGAACCAAUGGCGCGGCAUUGCCCAGUAAACCCCUCGCACACACACACACACACACACACACCCACACAGACACAUAGACUCACAACUGCGCAUGCAGAUACACACAAACACAACCAUACGCAGAUCUUCAUAAAAAUGCGCGAUUCAGCAAUGGAAGAUCAAAGUGACAAAGCAAGCGAAAUAUUUACUUAUACAUACACACUCAGACACACACACACACACGCUCGCACGCAUAUAACACUAUAAAGAAGAACGGUAACAGCAGAGAACGCGAACUAUUAGCGAAAGGCAACAAGCAAUGAGAGAAACGAAUUAACAAAUAGCGCAAACAGAAUUAAAACUUCAUACAGAGAAAUGGAAAAAAUAUAAAAUACAAAAU